AAAAAAUUCGCGGUUAUAAUAACAAUUAUUAGUUCACAUGUAUGUAAAUGAAGGACAAUUAUUGAUGACCCGUAAGAAACAGAUAGAAUUUAAAUAACGAAUAAAAAUAGAACGAGAGUUUAGAUUAUUAGUGUUAAAAAUUUGCCAAAGAGUCGUCUCGAAAACUCUACCGCAUAGUUUCUCCUCAGUGCACGACGAAGCUUCGAGAGCGCAAGAUCGUUUUUUCUCCCCUUCGUUGUUCUCCGUUUCUCCUCGUUCUUUUUCGUGAUAGGAGUUCGUACUACAGUACCAGUGAUAGUAGAAUAGUAAUAGUAUUAGUAGUAGUAAUAAUAGUAGUCCUACUGUAGUCAUACUGUAUUCUGUCGGUGGCCUUACUGGAUCCGAUAAAAUUUGUCGCAUGAUACGAGGAAAGAACCGGGUGUUCGAGAUAGUACUUACGUUUACAUACAUAUAUAAACGCGAUAUUGCAUAAUACCGACGUUGUAAUAUGUACGACGCGCGUGUGUGUUAACGAGAAUGAGAGAUGGCGGUGAAUAAAUAAAAAAUUUGCCUGAUCGAGUGAUCUUUUUUUUUUUUCUUCUUUAUAUACAUUUUUCUCUAUUUUUUUUUUUCAUUUUAUCUUUCCUCAAAGAUAAUCCCCUUUUUUUCGUUGAUAAAAUGUACGGAUCGGAAUAUAGUUCACGGAUCGCGAUAACCUGCAGCAUUGCGGUGAUCCUAGCGAUCGUACUUUGGAACGUUAGGAAAAGUUCGUCUGAAAAAUCGGAUACUAAAACCAAGAAAAUCAAGAAAAACAAGACAAUGUCUUAUGAAACGAGCAAUGGUUGCGAAAAAAAGAUCGAACCUGAGAAGAAAAAAAUUGAGGAGAAUGGAGAAACAGUGUCCGAUAUUCCGAAACUCAAGUGGGUUAAAGUAGGUCGGGUCGAGGAACUCUAUUACUAUCCUUUGAAAUCAGGACGAGGGAAGACAGUGACAGAAUGUAAAUUUACGGAAUUUGGGAUAUCCGUAGAGAAGAAUGGAUUAUUUACUCUUAGAGAUAGAAUGUUUUUGGUUUACAACGACGAAACUUAUAAGUUUCAAACGGGUAGACAGUAUCCAACGAUGAUUCUAGUCAGUCUGUCCGCCGUAGAUGAGUACAAGGUAAAAUUAGAAGCCGUAGGAAUGCCGAGUGUCGUCUUUAGAGUACCAGAGAAAUCCGAAAAGAGUUCUGCAGCCAUUGAAUGUACGAUGUGGUGGGGGGAGCCGGUAAAGUGUAUCGAUUGUGGUCCUGAACCUGCUGAAUGGUUAUCUAGAUUUUUAACCGGCACGAAUUCGGGCUUACGUUUGGGCUACUCUUUGACUGAUAGAAGACAACUUACUAAUGGACCUUGGGAACGUUUCUGCAAAGUUUAUAAUACUCUCCGAGACGAAGACACGGGCUUAUUCUCGGAUAUUACGAGUUACAUGUUAAUGACAUCUCAGUCGCUCGAUAAACUGAACGAACGAUUGGAAACCCCCGUACCGACUUUACAGUUCCGUCCUAAUAUUGUUGUUUCCGGUGAGAAACCAUUUGUUGAAGAUAACUGGGAAUGGAUAAAGAUAGGCGAUCGAGCUAUUAUUAGAAACGUUAAACCUUGUCCGAGAUGUAAAAUGAUCAAAAUUGAUCCACAAACCGGUGAAACUACGAAGGAGGAGCCAUUGAAGACUUUAAAAUCUUUCCGAGAACAAACGGAUCCAGAUAAAAUUUCCGUCGAUGGAUCAGCUCCGAUAAUGGGUAUAUAUUGUGGAUCGUACGUCACUGGUCGUGUUAAACUCGGAGAUGACGUGUUCGUUCAUGUACCAGCCGAUAAUGAAAAUUCGAAAAUUUCUAACGAGGAUACAUCUAAAAUCUAAAACGUGUUAAGCUCCACGAUCGCAGCUAUGAAAGCGUGCCUUUGUUGUUAAUACAAUUAUAGUCCGCAGUGUGGGUUGCGCUUUGUCGAAUAGAAAAUUUGUGAAAUGUUUGUAAAGAUUGAACGGUUAGUCCAAAGUGUUUCUCAAUGUGAUUUCGUAAAAACAACUUACAUUUUUUCAAGACAUUUUAGACUAAUAUUUUCUUUCUUUUAAAUUAUACAACUAAAAGCCUAAAGAGUCUCGAAAAAAUAGUAAUUGUUUUUAAUAGGAUCAUUAAUAGGAACGUUUGGUCUGUAACCUUGUUGUCGCGUUUAAAAAUAGAAAGAAUUGAAUUGCUUAAAUAAUUAAAAUCAAACGAAGAAAGAAAGAAAGAAGAAAAGAGUAAAAUAAAAAUAGAAAGAGCAACGAUAUGAUAUCUUCUUAUAAUCAAAUUAGAAAACGUCAAUCUCUCGAUUUCUUCGAGAGAAAAAGAAUCGAAUCGAUGAUAGUGUGACAAUAAUCGAUUAAUAAAAAUGCUCGUUAUCGUUAGAACGAAAAUAUAAACUCGUUGAAGCGCACUUAAAAUCAAUUUCUAGUGAUUGUUCUCUCUUACAUGUAUAUAUACACACGCAUAUACAUAUAUAUAUAUAUCUUUUUUUAUAAUAUAUAUUAUACAUAGGUAUGUUAUACAUAGUCGCAAUGUAUAAUGUAUCAAAAAAAAAAACAUAUUUAUUUGAUUAUGCAUUCAGUAAAAAGAGAAAAAAAAAGAAUAAACGCCUUAUUGUAAAAAAGAAAAAAAAAAAGAAAACAAAAAAUCACUUUCAACGUAUACGUAAGAGAAUGAGAAUAGAAAUUUAAAAAAUCACACAAUUUCAAAUUGAAUGCUAUUUCAAUGUCUUCCAAUGCAAUUAUCUAUAACUAAAUCAAAUUAUCUCUAUAAUAAAAACAAAAAUUGUCGUUCCGUUCGUUAGAAUAAACACGAGCAGACGCAUUGUUGGUUCGCAUUACGUA